AUGUCAGAUCGAAAUCAAAAUGAGACCGAUAAUGAUUCAGAAGGUCUACCUCCUUCUGUUAGACGGUAUAAUUAUGAAGGAAAGGAUCACUUUUCUCGAAUACUCGCACUUGAACGUCAACGUCUGCUUGAUUCAAUGCGCAAAUCUCGUGAAAUGUCCAACAUCGAUACAGCAUCCGAGCCAGAUACUGAGACUACCGAAUACAUCAUAUUUUCUAUUGAUCCUACUACGUUUCAACAGGAUUUCGUUGGCCCGGAUACCAUCCCUAUUCGUUCGAUCCGAACAUCUUUUAACCCGAAAACCGAAUUACUUAUUGUCAAAAUGGUCACUCGUGAACAUACUCAAAUCGUCUUCGCCAUCCACGAAGCCAUUAGCACGGCUCUUCGACACAUGGGGCUUCACCAAGCUGUUCACCAUUACCAAGGUGUCGACAUCGAUGUCAAUGGGCAGAGCAAACAGGCAGAUAUGGGCUGGGGGCCGAGAAGACCCCAUCGUGGCUGUGCUAAGCGGCCUACGGUGGUUUAA